AUGAAUUGUUUAGCGUGUACCCGCGAAGUCGGAAAAGAAGAUUAUUUGCAAUGCGCAAAAUGUAACGAAAUAUUUCACUAUUUAUGCCUUAACAUACGCCCAGAGAAUAUUGCGGGCUUGCUUCCAGACGCAUUACUUAAUUGGAUUUGCCCCAUGUGUAUGAUUAAGCAACCGAAAGGUAACAAUUCCGAAUCGGUAGCUCGCCCCUCAACACCUACAUCGUUAGCAGAAAUUUCGUUUAAUAACGUGUCCCGACGUAAGGCGCCUGCAAAACUUGAUACUAACAUCAAUGUAGAUAAUACAAGUGAUUAUGUGCGUCGCUCAGAACUGCGAGAAAUACUUCGCGAAGAAAUAGCAACGGGGUUAAAGUCUUGCACCACGGAGUUUACAGUUGGCAUUAGCACAAUUAAUGGACAAAUAAGUAAUCUUAAAUGUUCUAUUGAAUUUAUGAGUGACAAGUUCGAUAAGAUUUCAGACGAAUUUAAAAUUCAACAACAAGAAAUAUUCAUCAUUACAGCCCUUCACAAGUCCACUGCUGAACAUAGGCCUCCCCCAAAGAAUGCCACAAAGCACGGUCCUGAGCCACCUGCAUCCAUCGACUUCCUGCAUAUCUUACCAGGUCGUCACUCCAUCUAG